AUGCAGCGCUUUGAAGAGCUCCGAUGCAUUGGACGUGGAAGCUACGGGUCGGCACAUCUUGUACAAGAGCGUACAUGCGUCGAGAAUCGUUUUGUUAUUAAGAAAAUUCCUAUGGAGUUAUUAUCACUCAAGGAAAAGGACCAAUCCUUUCGUGAAGUAGAGCUCCUGGCGAAGCUUAAACACCCUAACGUCGUCGAAUAUAAGGAAAACUUUGUCAUAAACAAUGUACUGCAUAUUGUCAUGGCUUAUUGUGAUGGCGGAGACUUGGCGGACAAGAUCAAGGAGCAGCAGAAGAUUCGAGAACAGAUUGUCGGCUCGAACAACAAUAUGAACGACCCGCGAGGGUAUUUUCCCAUCAGCCAAGUACUGGACUGGUUUGUGCAGAUGGCAAUGGCAAUCAAGUAUCUACAUGACCAACGUAUAUUACAUCGAGAUUUAAAGACCAGCAAUGUGUUCCUUACGACUGAUAACGUGGUUAAAUUAGGAGACUUUGGCAUCGCCAAGACACUGGAUUCGACACUAGACCAAGCAAAGACGGUGGUAGGGACACCAUAUUAUAUGAGUCCAGAAGUUUGUGAGAGCAAGCCAUACUCCUAUGCAAGCGAUGUGUGGUCACUAGGUUGUGUUUUGUAUGAGAUACUUGCCCUGCGUCACGCCUUCGACGCACCGAACAUACUCACGCUCAUUCUCAAAAUUGUGCAGCAAGACUGUGCCCAAGUACCCCCCUUUUACGACAAGGAAGUCUCCAACCUGCUGCGCAAACUGCUUGACAAGGACCCAGAGAAAAGGCCUACGAUGGACGAAAUUUUUGCGAUGCCGUACAUUUGCUACCACAUGCAGGGUCUUGUGGCUUCAGGCGGCUCGCUUAAGGUGAAGGUGAUAAACCGCGCAGCACGUACCCCGCAACAUGUUUCAGCUUCUUUAAUUGGUAGACGGCGCCUCCACCCCAAUAACAAUCUAUCUGCUCAGCGCUCCUCCAGGGAGAAAAGGCAACUGCGAUUAGAUCAGACGACAUCUUCACAGGUAGCACAGGUACUACCCAUGCAGUGGAUGCCGAUCAAACCUUUUACUGAAUAUGCUGAUGACCCAGACAUACGCAGUGAGUGCGAGCUACUAGAUACAAGCGUAUUAGAAGAGUCGUCGCAAAGCUUUCGUCUACCAGAGCGAAGCAGUACACCAGAGCCACUUGUGAUUACGAUAGAGGAGAAACCGCAUCCAUUUGCGAUGAAAACUCAUAGGUUCCUGCCUGAUGAGGGAAUCGACGAAGAGUUACCAAUUUCUAUACCGACAGCGGUACGGCCACACCCUCUGUUAGUCUGUGGCAAUGGAAAGCUAAUUGCAUGGAGUCAAGAUGAAAAGCCACACGUAAACGGCGGUAGCCAUUCCAACAGCAAUGAAGGGGUUGAUGAUGAUAAUGAUGACAACUUGCGGUUUCAAGCAGAGGCAGAGGAGCUCAUGAAUCCAAACUUCCAGACCGAGUAUAGCGAGGAAUGCAUCGACAGCUUGCAGAUUUACUACAGCUCCAAGGAGAGUACUGGGCCCAGUAUGCAGGUCGUACGACAACGUGACAACCUUCGACAACGAGAUGCUGGCAGUCCCAGAAUGCAUAUUGAUUUACCUAAAUCUUGCUGGCUGCACCCCGCAGCUCGGGCAGUAAGCUUGGAAGGCAAUGAAGACCUAUUAGAACCCUCUACCAUGUUAUUAGACGAUGUCGGUUCGGAUGGUACUGAUAGGGCACCUUCGCUUAGUGAGAGUUCCAUGAUGCGUGAGUUGGAGCUAGAUGCGGAUAGUGACGAUGACGAUGGAUCCACUGAUACAUCAUUAAGUGAAUACGAGGUAGAAGAGAACUUUUACAGCUAUAGCUCUUCUGACUUCGAGGAUCAAAACGGAACACAAUACAGCGACGACUAUGAAGACGCUGACGCUGAAGUCAUUGAAUACGCGGACGAUGGGUUCAUCAGUGAAGGAGAGAGACACGAGAACGAGCACCCAAUGCAUACCACAGGUGAAGAAAAAGAAGGAGUCGCUACUGACUGGAAAGACUUUGAAAACACAAUUGCUGGCUAUAAACCGACAGGGCAUGACGACUGGCAUGGUGCAUGCGUACCGAAACUUGAAGGCCCCACUGAGGCGCAGUGGGUCAUGCGGAAGGUUGCACAAAGUUUGAUGCUCACUAAAAAUGACCUAUACCCACUGUAA